AUGGCUUUGGACAUCAUCAUCGUUGGCGCAGGCAUUUCAGGACUCUGCACGGCCAUCGCUCUCCGACGCGCCGGCCAUAGAGUGCAGAUCUUUGAGAAAUCCCGCUUCGCAACGGAAACCGGAGCUGCCGUCUCCCUAGCUCCAAAUGGCGUCCUCGUCUUGGAACAUCUCGGUUUUGAUUUUGCUCGAGCACAAGCGUGUCGUCACAAGGCUUGGGAAGUAAUGGACGGUUUGACGUUGAAGCGCAUCACGCUUCAGUGUCUAGAAAGCGUUGCUAGUAUCACAGGAUCAGAUUAUCACACAGUCCACCGGGUGGAUCUGCACAAGGAACUACUGAGGCUAGCCCUGGACACUAGGACGGACAAUAGCUCUACUCCUCCCGUGAAAAUCCAAUACGACUCUCCGAUUGCCAAUGUCGAUGCGCUUAAUGGCCAGGUCUACCUAGGCGAUGGCAGCACUCACACAGCCGAUCUGGUAAUCGCAGCAGAUGGAAUUCACUCUACCGUGCGUGGAUGCGUGGUUCCAUCAGACUCAAACACGAGUAACAAAGCCAUCGAAACGGGGAUGAGUGCAUUCCGCUUCUUACUUUCAACCGAAACACUCAUGGCUAGACCGGAAAUCAGGGAUGCAUUGCGGAUGAAAACAGGAGAUUCCGCUCUGUUGGCGGAUACGUCAAGAGUUGAUAGUGUGCAGCAUAUGAUUUGGUAUGGGUGUCGAGGAGAGCAGGUCCAGAACUUCGUUGGCAUCCAUCUAACACGCCAACCAGAGAAAAGUUCUGGUGAUGCCAAGUCAGACAUGCUGCAAGAAUUCGGCCACUUCAAUCUCAUUGUCCCAGAGCUAAUCAACCUAGCCGACGACGUUAAAUGCUGGCCACUGCUAAUUCACCAACCCCUCAAAACAUGGAUCUACCACAAAGUCCUCCUCAUCGGCGAUGCUGCCCAUGCUAUGCUCCCCUUCGGCGGCCAAGGCGCCAACCAAGCCAUCGAAGACGCCGGUGCAAUCAGCAUCCUCUUCCAGGAUCUGCAUAGCGUGGGAGAUCUUCCUGCGCGAUUGGCAUUGUUCGAGAAAGUACGCACGAAACGAGCAUCGAGAAUACAGGUGCUGUCGAUGGUUAAGGUUGGGAAGGAGAGGGAGGUUGAAGAAGAAGUUAUGAAGUAUAUGGAGGAUGGGUUGGAUGUUCCGAAUACGUUUGCGAGUCGGUUGGUGCAUGAUUCUGGGUUUAAUGUGCUUGAGCGAUGUGCGAAGGAAUUGGAGGUUGCUCGAUGGACUAAUCAUGCAUUGUGA